GCUGACAAUCAGUCACAUUGGAGCUUAAAACACAUUCAAACUUACCCUAGGACGGACUUUAUCGGACGCAGUACAUCUGUACUGUACGACUUGGAAUCGCCCAAUUGAUAACGAGUUCAGAACAUGGCUACAAACGAAGAAGUGGUCCGGAAUGUCGAUGCAGAGGCCUAUGACCCGGAUAAGCCCCAACAGUAUGGGGAGGCUUUUCCCCCCCUUGCCCCCGCUGCCACUUUUGGGGCAGUGGGACCCAAUUUGAAUGUAGCUAUGGAGAAGACGAUCUGGAGUAACAAAAUGACAAUGAAAACAUCAACUUGCACUCAGGUGUUUACUGUGCCUAUGGAAGAAAGAAGAUAUAAAGAAUUCAAUGAACAGAGUUUUGGAGAUGAAACUGACCAAGCAAAGAUUUGUAAAGAAAUAAUGGCUCGUAACAAUGUGUCCAUCGAGAUGAGUUGUGCUAAGGAUCAGAGCUUGACAGUGGUAAUUCAUGGAAAAGAUCAAAAUGUUAUGAAAGCCAGGAGAGAGAUUGUCAGUCGUUUACAGACACAGGCUAAUACUUUGUUGAAAAUACCAAGAGAACACCACAGAUUCAUCCUUGGAAAAAGCGGUAAGAAACUCCAAGAGCUGGAACUGGCUACACAAACCAAGAUUACAAUCCCUCGACCAGAGGAGAACUCCGACAUGAUUAAAAUUACCGGAACCAAAGAAGGCAUUGACAAGGCCAGACAUGAGAUACAGAUUACAUCAGAUGAACAGGCUAAACUGGCUUUUGAGCGUCUACCUGUACCAAAAGUGUAUCAUCCCUUCAUUUGUGGACCUAAAAAUGAUAAUAUAAAGAAAUGGAUUGAGGAAACUGGAGCCAAAAUCCACAUGCCCCCACCUAGUGUGAUGAAAGAUGAGAUUGUUGUGUCCGGAGAGGUUGAAGGAGUCCUCAAAUGUAAAGCUAACAUCAUGAAGAUUUAUGAAGAGAAGAAGCGCAAGUGUCAGACAGUGUCUGUGGAGGUGAGAAAGUCUCAGCACAAAUACAUCAUUGGACCACGUGGAAACGGGGUCCAUGAAAUAUUGGCUGCGACAGGAGUGUCUGUUGAGGUACCACCAGUUGAUAGUUCACUUGAAACCAUCACUCUUCGUGGAGAACAAGACAAACUUGGACCAGCACUCACCAUGGUUUAUUCUAAGGCCAACAGCGUUGUGUUUGCGGAGGUUAUGGCUGCAACCUGGCUUCACAAGUAUGUAAUCGGACGACAGGGUGCAAAUGUUAGGAGGAUCACUGAACAAUUCUCAAAGGUACACAUUGAAUUCACCGAUGGAGCAGACAAGAUUAUUGUGGAGGGCCCACCAGAGGAAGUAGAAUCUGCUGUCAAGGAAUUGGAGGCAGUUGUAAAGGAUCUGCAAUCGCGCAUGGACUUCACAGAAGUAAACAUUGAUCAAAGGUUCCACAAGCACAUCAUCGGAAAGGCUGGACAGAACAUUACAAGGAUUAAGAAUGACACUGGAGUGUCCAUUAAGAUACCAUCUGACACUGAACAUAGCAACAUCAUUAGGAUUGAAGGAGAUCCAAAAGGUGUGAUUCAGGCCAAGGAAGAACUCAUGGAGAUGGCACAGCGCAUGGAAAAUGAAAAGAGCAAAGACAUUCUGAUCGAGCAGCGCUUCCAUCGUUCCAUCAUUGGAGCCCGUGGGGAGAAUAUCAGAGAGAUCCGGGAUCGCUUUAAUCAAGUCCAGAUCACCUUCCCUGAUCCUGGAAAAAAGAGUGAUAUUGUUACAUUGAGGGGACCAAAGAAUGAUGUGGACAAGUGUUUCAAACAUCUCUCACAAUUACAACAAGAUAUGGUGGCAAGUAACUACCAGGCCCAUGUCCACAUAUUUAAGGAUUUCCACAAGAAUGUCAUUGGUAAAGGAGGAGCUACAAUCAGGAAGAUCCGUGAGGACACAAAUACUAAGAUUGACCUGCCUAGUGAGGACAGUGAAUCAGAUGUCAUUUUGAUCACCGGUAAAAAGGCUGAUGUGGAGGCUGCUAGAGCACAGAUUGAGGCUAUACAGAAAGAUCUGGCAAACAUUAAAGAAGCUGUGGUAACCAUCCCACACAAAUUACACAACUCGAUCAUCGGAGCCAAGGGAAGGCUAAUUCGUGCUAUUAUGGAAGAAUGUGGAGGUGUCAUCAUUCGCUUUCCUUCUGAGGGAAACGUAAGCGACAAGGUUAUUAUUCGUGGACCAACUGCGGAUGUCGAAAAUGCCAAAUCGCAAUUGAUGGAGUUGGCUUCUGAGAAACAACAAUCAAGCUUCACAGCUGAGGUUAGAGCAAAGCCAGAGUAUCACAGAUUCCUCAUUGGCAGGGGUGGCACCAACAUCAGGAAGGUGCGUGAAAAGACAGGGGCCAGAGUUAUCUUCCCUAGUUCUGAGGACCAAGACCAAGAACUCAUCAGCAUUAUUGGCAAGAAAGAAUCUGUUGACAUGGCUAAAGUGGAACUGGAAGGUCUCAUUAAAAACCUAGAUAACAUUGUUGAGGGGGAGAUGAAUGUUGACCCAAAACAUCACAGACACUUUGUAGCAAGAAGAGGCGAGGUUCUCCGACAAAUUGCAGAGCAGUACGGAGGUGUGACAGUUAGCUUUCCUCGCAGUGGUGUCAAAAGUGACCGAGUUGUGAUCAAGGGCUCCAAAGAUUGUGUUGAGGGAGCCAAGAAACGCAUUCAAGAAAUUGUCUCCGAUCUGGACUCGCAGGUGACGAUGGAUUGUGUGAUCCAACAGCAUCACCACCGCACAGUGAUGGGCACACGUGGCUCAAAUGUUCAGGAGAUCACACGCAAUUAUGAUGUUGGUAUCAAGUUUCCAGAAAGACCUAUAGCCAAUGGAGACAAAGAAAAUAAGGAUGGAGGUAUGGUAAAUGGUGAAGUGAAUGGUGAAAUGCAGAAUUCUUCUGACCAGUCUCCAAAGAAAAAUGACAUCAUUGUCAUUACAGGCAAAUUGGAAAAUUGUGAACAAGCUAAGGAAGCACUGCUGGCACUUGUACCCAUCACUGAUGAAAUGACCAUCAGGUACGACUUCCAUCGUUUCAUCAUAGGACAACAGGGUAAGGAUGUACGCCGCAUGAUGAAGGAAUAUGAUGUCAACAUCUCCAUUCCACCAGCUAUGGAUCACUGUGAGACAGUCAAAGUGACAGGUCCUCCAGCUAAUGUGCGCAGAGCUCUGGCUGCUCUUUCAGAUCGAUGUGAGGAGCUGGAGAGAGAAAUGGAGGAUAGGGAACUUAAAAGUUUUCAACUCACUAUUGAAGUUGAUAAUAGUCUCCACCCGAAGAUCAUAGGACGUAGAGGUGCAGUUAUCUCUAAGAUACGAAAGGACCAUGAUGUCAACAUCCAGUUCCCCAACCGUGAUGACAGUGCCCAGAAUACCAUCACCAUCACCGGCUAUGAGAAGGCAACACAAGCUGCUAAAGAGGAUAUCUUGAAGAUCGUACAGGAAUAUGAGGAAAUGGUAACCAUGGAGUGUACUGUGGACCACAGAGUUCACCCACGUAUCAUUGGAGCACGUGGACGCAACAUCCGAAAAUUGAUGGAACAGUUCAAGGUUGACGUACGUUUUCCACGAUCUGAAUCUGAUCAUCCUGAUCUCAUCUUCAUCACUGGGGCAGAGGAAGCUGUUGCAGAAUGUCAGGACUAUCUGCUCAACAUAGAAGAGGAAUUUCUCCAGGAUGUUAUUGACCAGGAGGCAAUGCGGCAACUUACCCAACCACCAAGUAGGCAGGUUGGUGGCGGCAAAGGUCAACCCGAGUCCAAACAUGGUUUUGUUGUUACUGGCGCCCCAUGGCAUGUGGUUCCAGAUACCACCAGCGUUGAAGAGUUUCCCUCGUUUGGUGCUGUCACUAAUCCUAAUCCUGGUCAUGCCUGGGGACCGCCAGCCUUUGGCAAGAAGUAGAUACUGCUAACCCAACUCAAGUUCACAGUAGAUUUGAUUUCUUUCCUCUCAACAGUGUUAUAACAUAUGUGUGUUUGACUGGCCCUGUGUGCGACACCUAUAUUUCCUGGGACAGUUGACCCAGUGUGUCACCUGUCAGCUGUUUCCUUUAGGUUAUAUAGGUCAGACUUACCAUUGUCUAGUAUCUGGAAAGACUUAUCUUAAAAUACAAUAAUCCUGCAGGGAUGUUCUCAAAACAGAAAAGUAUUUAAAACUUUGAAGGGAUAUUAUAUAUAGAAAGGACUAAAAUGUGCCAUUCUAUUGAUUUGUAAACAUUCUUUGCAAUGCUUCAUUUACAUAAUUGUUUGCAACAACAAUGCUUUUUGUUUAUGAUUAUUGUACUUAAUGGAUGAGGGAGGGGGGACGGGUUAUUAUGGAGCUUGAAUGAAUGUUUGAUGUAUGACUGUGGUGCGCACUAAAGUGAUUCAUGUAUCGAUACGAAAAAUAAAUAUUUGAUAUAACUAACAUAGAUUCCAGGCUGAUUUUGCCUUAUUCUCCUUUUUUUUUCUUUGUAUAUGGAUACUGUUAAGACUAUCAUGACAAUGUUAUUGUGAAAUCUGUACAUUUUGUUUGUUAUGCAAGCAUUUUAAAGUUUUUUAUCAUUGAAAUUUUUAACAAUGAUGCUUACAAAUGGAUUUGGGUCCUUAAUGCUGCUCUACAAUAAAUUAUUACAGAAGAAUUUCAAUUAACUUAGCAUAAUUAUUCAUUGGAAACACCAACUACUGAUCAUAGAAAAGUCUUUCAGUUUCUUUGGGCAUGUUAAAACCCUUUUGUGUUGUCUGCUUUUACUUGUACAGAAAAAGUAAAUAUUUACAUUUACUGAAGGCGAGUUGUGAUGUACAAUUAUCAUGUAUGUAAUUGGUUCUAAAUAUCUUCUGCUUUGUAUUUAGUACUUUUUUUUUCAAAUCAUUGCUUAGGUCGUUUAGUGUAUAAUGGUUUGAUGUGUAGUUGUGCACAUCAGCAACAAUUAUGUUGAUCCUGUGAACUGUGAAAUCAUUUGGUUCUAUGUGGUGGUGGUCGUGUUAGUGCUACAAUAGAAUAAUCAUGUUUCAUCAUAUAUCUGAUAACUAUCUAAUCUAGGUGACCCUAGAUCUGUCAUAUCACAAGAAAACCUCAUUUAAUAUCUGGUUGAUAUGUGAAAUAGGAUUCCAAGUGAUUAAUGAAGUGUGUUUGUUGUGAAAAUGCAGCUAUCCAUAAUGGUACGAAUCUUUCAAUAUUUACUCUAACCAUAUCUAAAACUAGUCACUCUACCUUUUUACAUAUGAAAAAUAAAAGUGUUCGAGUAAAUGUGCAGUUUAGAUGACUCAUUGCAACUCGGAACUUGUGAUGUUCACAGAUUGAAUUUUCUUUCCUAUUGACUUAAAAAAAAAAAAAAACCUCUUGUUUAACUUUUUAUAAGAAAUGCAUAUUUUAUCAGUAUUUGAUGUGUAUUAAUAAUAAAAGGAAAAAGUUAGAUGAGAGAACUUGACCAUAAAACCGUUCAUGAUGGUACUUGUGACACUGUAUUCCAUCACUGUGAGAUCCCCCACACCACAGUGUUGGUAUUAUCGGGGCUACAUAUCAUCUCUGUGGUGAGAGGGUUCUUGUCAUGAUAAACAUUUAUGCAAUAUAUAUAUAUUUAGAUAUGAGCUAUGUUCUGACCACAAGGUCCACAUAGUUUUUCUCUGGUCAGGAGCAUACCUCUUCUGUCACCAUGGUAAAGGUCAAAUAUUUGCCUUGGGUAAAUCAACUAGAGCCAUGUUUCUAUUACAAUUGUCAAAUGUUGCCAUAGUAAUAGUAUGUAUGGUUGUGCAAACAGACUUUGUUAUUUUUUUUCUCAAUUGUUGAUUUUAGAAUUUUAGUGUAAGUUGUUGAUGGUUUACCCACAGCUGUGUAACAUUGGACACAAUUGUUUCACACUUUACACACACUAUGUAAAAAUUUGAUUAUACAAGAGACAUUAUUGCCACAUUACCCAUAUACACAUUAUGAUUUAAGGAUAUCAGCGACCUGUCAAGAACUACGUUCUUAUCCUGCUACCCUACAUUUACUGUGAUUCGAUGUUCUCCAGAACACAUCAACAGAAAAAAUAAAAAUGGAGAAAAAAAUACA